AUGGCUAAAAAUAUGUAUGGUGAUCUGGUACCAGUUGCUCAGCUACCAGUAACCUGUGUCUCAAACACUGAUUUGUAUGGAAAUCCACUACCACCAGUUGCCUCACAACAAAGCUAUAGGUCUACUGGAUUACCAUCAUUUCUUGAUCCAAACUACAAUGGUCAAACAAAAACGGCGUUUUAUGCCAAAAUUGUCAAAGAUGCCAGCAAUGGUGAAUCCUCGGGAAAUUAUGACAGUUCUGAACAUGACGGUAGCUCAGUUGAAGAUGGUACAAGUUCAAGUUCAAGCGAGGAUGGAUCGGAAUAUGAAUCAACAAGGGAGGUUGUUGAUUCUGAGACAAAUGAGUCACUAUCUGAGAGCGAAUCCAGUCAGUGGGGUAUUCCAUCCAAUACGGAGAGUAAGUACACGAGCAAGGGUUUAUCGCCAUCAUGGGCGGAAUCUCCCACUCCCUCGUCCUCGUCACGAGCGUGUUCUAUUACAGCAGAGCAGUGGGCAUCGGUUACUAACCAAAAUCAAAGUGAACCGAAAAUGGCUAGAAAUAUGUAUGGUGAUCUGGUACCAGUUGCUCAGCUAGCAGUAACCUGUGUCUCAAACACCGAUUUGUAUGGAAAUCCACUACCACCAGUUGCCUCACAACAAAGCUAUAGGUCUAGUGGAUUACCAUCAUUUCUUGAUCCAAACUAUAAUGGUCAAACAAAAACGGCGUUUUAUGCCAAAAUUGUCAAAGAUGCCAGCAAUGGUGAAUCCCCGGGAAAUGAUGACAGUUCUGAACAUGACGGUAGCUCAGUUGAAGAUGGUACAAGUUCAAGUUCAAGCGAGGAUGGAUCGGAAUAUGAAUCAACAAGGGAGGUUGUUUAUUAUGAGACAAAUGAGUCACUAUCUGAGAGCGAAUCCAGUCAGAGGAUAGAUUCCAAUGAAAUGUACGCGCCUGCAGCACGUCUGAAGCUUUUCGAAGAUUCAUGGAUUUUUCUUCCACAAGAAGUUCAAAGUCCACAAGAUGAACGUGUAGUGUACAUUUCUCCACGAUGUUGGUGGGGUAUUCCAUCCAAUACGGAGAGCAAGUACACAGGCAAGGGUUUAUCACCAUCACGGGCCGAAUCUCCCACACCUUCGUCCUCGUCACGAGCGUGUUCUAUUACAACAGAGCAGUGGGCAUCGGUUACUAACCAAAAUCAAAGUGAACCGAAAAUGGCUAGAAAUAUGUACGGUGAUCUGCUACCAGUUGCUCAGCUACCAGUAACCUGUGUCUCAAACACCGAUUUGUAUAGAAAUCCACUACCACCAGUUGCCUCACAACAAAGCUAUAGGUCUACUGGAUUCACAUCAUUUCUUGAUACAAACUACAAUGGUCAAACAAAAACGGCGUUUUAUGCUAAAAUUGUCAAAGAUGCCAGCAAUGGUGAAUCCUCGGGAAAUGAUCACAGUUCUGAACAUGACGGUAGUUCAGUUGAAGAUGGUACAAGUUCAAGUUCAAGUGAGGAUGGAUCGGAAUAUGAAUCAACAAGGGAGGUUGUUGAUUCUGAGACAAAUGAGUCACUAUCUGAGAGUGAAUCCAGUUAG